CGGAAACGACGACAUCAAUGCUUGUUUACUAACGGCGGCUAAAACGGCCGUUGAACAAAUCAAGUUUCUGUAACCGUAAAAUUAAAUAACUUGACUCCAACGAGAAACAGUACACAAACUAACACAUGGCGGACCCUGCAGUGGCAUCGGCGGGUUCACUGAGUGCAGGAGGGCGGGGGAGUGGCGGUAAAGCAGCCACCAGCCCUGCAGAGAACUACCACCUGGCCCGCCGUCGCACCCUGCAGGUUGUAGUCAGCGCCCUCCUGACAGAGUGCGGCUUCGAGAGCGCGGAGAAGGCGGCCGUAGAGACUCUCACCGAGAUGAUGCAGAGCUAUAUAACUGAGAUAGGUCGGUGUGCCAAAGCUUACUGUGAACACACAGCCAGAAGCGUCCCCACCCUGUCAGAUGCUGUGGUCACACUCAUUGAAAUGGGAUUCAAUGCCGACACCCUGCCUGUGUAUGCCAAGAGAUCACAGAGGAUGGUCAUAACUGCCCCUCCAGUGACCAACCAACCUGUGGCUCCCAGAGCUCUGUCAGCGGGACAGAAACGCACCCAUCCUGCUUACAUCCCCGGCCACUUCCCAGAAUUCCCUGACCCUCACACCUACAUCAAAACACCCACAUUCAGAGAGCCUGUAUCGGACUACCAAGUGGUGCGAGAGAAGGCAGCGAGUCAGAGGAGAGACGUGGAGCGAGCGCUCACUCGCUUCAUGGCCAAAACUGGAGAAACCCAGAGCCUCUUCAAAGACGACAUCACUGCCUUCCCAUUGAUCGCAGCACAACCCAGCUCCAUCCCAUAUCUCAGCGCGCUCCUGCCCUCGGAGCUGGAGCUGCAGACUCUGGAGGAGACGGACUCCUCCGAGCAGGACGACCAGACAGACAGCGAGAACACAGCAUUACACAUCAACAAUGAUGAUCCGGGAGCUGACAAAGAGAACUCCAUGCUUCCUCCCAGCAGCGUUGUUCCCUCCACAAAGGCCAGCGAGGACAACGUGAUCGACAACCCCUACCUCCGGCCGGUCAAGAAACCCAAAGUGAGGAGGAAGAAAUGAACGCUUUAAGAACAAACAGACUCUCAGUUUCCACAGCAGUCCAGUGAAUGAUGUUGGGACCAGCGCUGCUGUUGGACUUUUGUAUAGCGACCGAUUUCUAUUGAAGAGGUCUUUUUGUUUCCAUUUCUCAGCAAGCACUCACUUUGUAAAAAAAUGUAAGUAACAUCAUGGUGUAAAAUACAAACGAUAGUCCUUUUGUGAAUAAAGAAAAAAGAAGCUUC